GUCGAAGGGCGGGCGACUGUGACGUAAAUCCCCGUCAAGAGAGCCGCCGCGCACUGAUGACACACGCACGGCCUCCCCUCUCCCCCUCCUCCGCCGAAGCCACGCCUCAACUCCAGGAGCCUCAAAGAGCUUCUCCGCAAAACGCAGAUAUAAGUAAGCCGAGGGACAACCGUUAGCUCCACCACAACACGUCCCACGAAACAAACCAACUCCAACAAGGCUCUCAACUACAUCAUACCAAGCCUUUAUCUCAGCCGUUAUCGAAAAAGUCCUGCAUCCGACCUCACAUAGCACCACCAUCACAGAACAUAACCACACCAUGCCAGGACAAACUGCAGACCAGAGCGGCUCCCAGUUCGACCAUGUCUCCAUUAUCGUCUUUGGCGCAAGUGGAGACUUGGCCAAGAAGAUGACCUACCCAGCUAUCUACUCGCUGGUGAAGAACGGCAGACUGCAGAAGGACAAGUUACACGUUGUUGGCACCGCUCGGAGCGAGUAUAAGAUUGAGGACUUCCGCAAGAAAAUUCAACCUGGCAUUUCUAAAAAGGACAAGAGCGAGUCAGAGUCGAAGGACUUCCUGGAAAUAUGCUCCUAUGUCCAAUUGAAGGGCUACGACGACGCGGAGUCGUACAAGAAGCUGAACGACGAACUGAACAAGCUCGAGAGGGGUUCAGGGAAGCAUCUGCGGUUGUUCUACAUUGCUCUCCCGCCGUCCGCCUUUGAAGAUGUGGCUGCCAACGUUCGCACGGCGGCAUGGGCAGAAGGAAAGACGAACCGUAUCAUCAUUGAGAAGCCGUAUGGAAAAGAUUACAAAUCUGCAAAGACUCUGUCUUCUCAUUUGGAGAAGCUCUACAAGGAGGAGGAGCUCUACCGGAUUGAUCACUACCUCGGAAAGGACGCCGUCAAAUGCGUCCUGCCCCUGCGAUUCGGUGCCAACCCCAUCCUCGCAAAUUCGUGGUCUCGCGAACACAUCAAAUACGUCACCAUAAACUUCAAGGAGGAAUUUGGCGCUGAAGGACGUGGCGGUUACUUUGACGAAUUCGGCAUGAUUCGUGAUGUUAUGCAAAACCAUUUGAUGCAGUGGAUCAUUUUGUCUGGGAUGGAGAAGCCCAAGAGCUUGUCUACGAACGAUAUUCACAUCGCAAAGUUGAACUUCAUCAAAGCUUGCCGCCCCAUCCGCCCGGAGGACACGUUAGUUGGCCAGUACGGCGCGUCUUCCAAGGACAAGGACAAGAAGGCUUAUGUCGACGAUGAUACCGUGAAGGACGACUCGAAAGCCAACACGUUCGCCACAGCCGUUCUCUUUGUCGACACUGAGCGAUGGAAGGAUGUUCCUUUUGUCAUCCGUGCAGGAAAAGCUCUGGACGAAACGCGCGCCGAGAUCACAUUCGUCUUCAAAUCCGACAAAGACGCCCUCUUCCCCACCAAAGCGCCCACCAGCUUCACCAUCCGCGAGCACCCCCACCGCUCCCAUACUCUCACCCUGUACACUAAGCAAUCCGGCUCCGGCUUCAGGGUCGUGUCCGCGCCCCUCGCCGUCGACAUGGUAGACACCGAGCUUGGCACCGCCGACAAGUACCAACCCAGCGCAUACGAGUCCCUGAUCUACGAUGCCGUGCAGGGUGACCAGACAUGGUUUAUCCCACGCGAGGAGGCCGAGGAAGGGUGGAAGAUUUGGGAUGAUGCGAUCAAGGGCACGGAGAACCGUACGCCGUUCAAGUACGAGUAUGGAAGCGAGGGCCCGAAGGAGGAGAAGGAGUUUUUGGAGAAGUGGGGUGUGCGGUUUGGAACGCAAGAGACGAGUGUGGCCGAUGUUACCAAGUUGUUUUCUGCGGCGAAGAUCUGAGAAGGGAGGCAGCGGGUAGUACGUUACCCGUGAGUAACUGGAGUCUUUGAGGCCGAGUGGAGCUCCUGUGUGUGAGGAUAUCAUAUGCGUUUGUACAUACAUAAGCUGGCAAAGCAGCGUGUCUCUGUCGACUACCUUUUUGAAUGCAGGGGUUGCGGGGGUAAUGAUGAAGUGAGCGCGUCAUGACGGGAGCGGCGCCUUCUCUCGCGUCGUUGUCUU